AUGCGUUGUGCCGCCUUGAUUGCGGCUUUCCUGGCCGUAGCCCUCGCGGACCGUGUUCUGCUUCUCGUCGACGAUCCAAAAAUCAAGGACACCCACUCGAUUUUCAUCAAGCAGAUCCAAGACCGUGGCCACAAAGUGACCCUCAAGUCGGCCGAUGACAGCACGCUUUCUCUCUUCAAGUUUGGUGAAUUGGCCUACGAGCAACUUGUGAUCUUCGCGCCGUCUGUUGAACAGUUUGGUGGUUCUCUUUCGGCGGCGGAGAUCGGGAAGUUUGUCGAUGCCGGUGGCAAUGUUCUGGUCGCUGGAGAUUCUAAUCUUGGCGAGGCUGUGCGUGACGUAGCUGUCGAGAAUGGUUUCGAGUUUGACGAGGCUGACACUUCUGUCAUCGAUCACUUCAACUACGACGCUCAUCUGGAUGACGGAAAGCACACCACGAUCGUGGCCGAUAAGAAACAUCUUACCAAGACCGCCUUGAUUGUCGGUGAUACGAGCAAGCUCAACAACGUCUUGUUCAAGGGCGUUGCUCUCGUCGCGGCCAAGAAGAACAAGCUGCGGUUUGACAUUUUGACGGCGUCAUCCACCGCCUAUUCCUUCAAGCCGAGCGCUGCCAUCAAUGAGUACCCGGGUGCUGUCGGCAAGCAAAUCCUCCUCGUCGCUGGACUUCAAGCACGCAACAAUGCCCGCGUCGUCUUCACCGGCUCCCUGGCGAUGUUCUCGGACGCUUUCAUCAAGGCCUCUGUCCAGAAGGCAGGCACUCAAGACAAGCAAUCCCCAUCUGGAAACGGACAGCUUGUUGAGGCGCUGACUCGAUGGGUGUUCAAGGAGGCUGGCGUGAUUCGCGUCAAGAAUGUGCACCACCACAAGAUCGGCGAACAAGUCCCGCCACGCGAAUACACGAUCAUGGAAGAAGUGAAAUACGUAAUCGAACUGGAGGAAUUCAAGGAUGGAAAAUGGGUGCCAUUCCAGGGCAAGGAUGUUCAACUCGAAUUUGUGCGCAUUGACCCCUUCGUCCGUACAACGUUGAAGAACACAAAUGGCGUGCUGUCGACCGUCUUCAAGCUGCCCGACGUUUACGGGGUGUUCAAGUUUGUGGUCGACUACCGCCGUCCUGGAUACACGCAUGUUCUGGAUGUGCAGCAGAUGUCCGUCCGACCACUUUGGCACACGCAGUAUGAGCGUUUCAUCCGAUCGGCCUACCCCUACUACGCCUCAUCAUUCUCGAUGAUGGUCGGCCUCGUGCUAUUCUCCGUAGUAUUCCUGCACUUCAAGGAGCCCGCCAAGGCUGCUGCCCCCCAGAAGAAGACCAAC